AUGUCAAGUCCUCGCUCUCCAACCGGUACGAGGCCGACAUCGCCGUUACAGACACGCCACCGUUCCAGCUCAUCCCUUUCAGCAAGACAGCCGCUCGGAAAAAGCCAGGAUUCUCGCUACUCUCGCAUAUCCACCAACACCGAGGAGUCGUUCGACGGUACCGAAGAUGGAUCGGAAGCCACAGCUCCAGCGCAGACCAUCCGUGAUGUAUCCCAAGCUUUUCGCUCAGGGCGUCCAAGCCCAUACCACAUGGCUGUGGUGACACUUUUGGGCAGCCUGGCAAGUGGCAUGCCUCUCGCGUCCAUGUUUAAGGUUUAUACCUACAUCAUGUGCGAAGUAUACGACCCGUCCAUUCGUGACGAGCCCGCCGGUCACAAGGGCUCACGGUUGGUAGGCGCCUUGCACAACCUGUUCGCAGCUGGAUCAAGCACAACAACAACGAUAAUGAAGCUACCUCCGGCACCCGAGCUUCCCAACCCCCGACGAUGCUCGUUACCGUGGGUACAGAAGUCGACGUCUUCGUACUCAGCGGCGAUGGUAACAGUGGGCGCUUUGCUUGGUCUCAUGACCCUGUCUCGUGCAUCUACACUCUCUCGCCGCUUUGGUCGCAAGCCACUGCUGCUCAUGGCGCAUAUGCUCAUCGCUCUCGCCAUCCUCGUGUUCCGUUUCGCGGUCGUCCUUCCACCAGUCGCCGGAGCUGUUGUGCUGUACUGUGCAGUUGUCCUAUCAGAAGCCUCGGCAGGUGCACCUCUUCGUAUUGCAAUCCAGGACUACGUCGUUGACACCACUUCAGAAGCACAGCGAGCAGGGGCGCUCAGCUUCAUCGAAGGAUUCGGUCAGAUCGGUGCUUUCCCCUCGAGCGCAUUGGGUGGUCUGUUGGCCAGCCUCACCAACGAGUUCUUUGCGCCCUUCUACGCCGACUGCGGACUGAUGAUCUUGGCUGUUGCAUACAUUUUGCUGAUCGUCCCAGAGAGCAAGUCAGGAGCGGAGCACACGUUCGUUGACCAGUGGCUGCACUCGGAUGAGACUGAGUCAGGGUUGUUGGAAGGAGACGCGGAUACAAACGGUCAAGAAGCUAAUGGCGAUACGGGGGAUGAGCAGAACGAGUCGAACGUGACUUGGUCAACGUGCCACACCGACCGCGAUACAUCCAAGUUCAAAUGGCGCUCUCGAUUGCACAAGCUCAACUUCCUACGUCCGCUCGUCAUCUUUUGGCCGAAGCGAAGACAUUACGCACCGACGACCGAGAACGAUGCGAUCGAAGCGCCUCUAUCGCCGACGCAGGCCCGUCACACCGGGCACACGCCAGAACAAGGUCAACAAGCCGAGCUGUCGACAGCCAUCCAAGGUAAGAUGCAAACACGAUGGGAUUUCCGUCUGCUUAAUUUGGCAGCUGUGGUGGUGUUCGAAGAGACGUAUCAGGCAUUCAUGGUGCCACUGCUGCUCCUGUACAACAGCGAGCGCUUCGGAUUCGACGUGCUGCAGAACGGCUACCUCAUCAGUGUGCUGCAGAGUACGCGUGCACUUUUCUUGACUGCCAUCUUUCCUCCCGGUGUUGCAUUGGCUCGAAGGUAUGUUGCCAAGAUUGGACUGGCAAGGCGACGCAAGCAGGUCCGCAAGCUGAAGGAAGCUGCUCAACAGCGCCGAAAGGCUGCGGCGGGAAACGGUACCAAUCAAGACGACUCUACAAAUGGGCAAGAGUGUUCGCGUAUUCUUCGUGGGGGCUCACUGGGCGCACAGUAUGGCAGCGUGUCAGCACGAGACUAUGGCCGAGAAAACAAUGCCGAGAGUGAUGGAGCAGACAGUCGGAUAGAAGCGAGACCCGCGAGACGGCGUCCUUCGUACAAAGCAGCGGCAUCUUUGGGCCACUCGCAUCUCAGAUCCAAUAAGCGGAGCUCGAUGGCAUCGGGUUUCACCAUUGGCAGCAGCAACUGGGAGACGCAUUCGGUAUUUGCAAGCACGCCUGCUGAUCUGAUCAAGAAGAUUCAACGAGGCAAGCUCGACAUUUCGAUCAUGGUCGGAUCGUACAUGUUGGCGCUUGCUUCUUUCCUGAUGAUGACGAGCUCCUCGAAGGCACCCACCACCUCGCCACGUGCAAACGAUGAUGGCGGAAAGCAAGAGGCGCUGUGGUGGUCUAGCCCAUGGAUCCCUUUGGUAAUUUCAGUGGUGCUUCUGCAAAUUUCUUCAGGCUCGACGUCGGUGAGGACAGCGCUUGUGGUUAACGCUGUCUCAGAGGACGACCAGACAAAGGCACUAGCAGCUCAUCAGAUCCUCGUCACAGUGGUGACUGCGAUCGUUCCGCUGCUUACCUCGUUCGUAUUUGGGGUGGCGCUGGAGAGGGGUCAUCCUGAGCUGGUUUGGUUGUUCAAAGCUUCGUUUGCCGCGCUCGCAGUUAUGGGAGCUAUUGGGCUGUUCUGGAGUCAUCGAGGCUUUUAUGAGAAGGCACAUGGCGAUGAGGAGGAGGAUGAAGAACAACAGCAAGAAGAAGAUGAGAACGAUAAUGGCGAGGAAGGAAACGAGGGUGGUGACGCUGCCAACAGCGAAAGGUGA